GGCCGCCUCGCGCGCGCGCGACACCUCUGGCGCGGCGAUGCAGGCCAUGGCCGAGGCGAACGCCGACUCGGGCGCUGGCCUCGACGUGGAGGCCUGCGGCGCCGACUCGGGCGGCGGGCCCGCGGCGGAGGGCGGGGCGGCGGCCGGCGCCGGCGAGCCCGAGAAGCAGGCGCCCGAGCGGGCGGAGACCAAGGCGGAGGGCGAGGCGGAGGGCGAGGCGGCCAGCGCGUGCGCCGGCCCCGUGGCCGCGGCGGGGGAGCAGAGCGCGGCCGCGCCGCCGCCGCCGGCGGGCCAGAAGCCCAAGCCCGCGGUGGAGGGCGGCCUCGGCUUCGGGGGAGGAGCCGCCUCCGGCAGCGCCGGGCCCCCGGCCUCCGCCGCCUUGGCCUCCGCGCAGUCCCCGCCGUGCUCGCUCGGGCCGCGGCAGCCGCCGCCGCCGCCCGGCGGCGGCCCGCCGGGCCAGAGCGGGCCCCAGUGCGAGGAGGCGGGCGCCGGCGCCCUCGAGAGCCUACCGCCGGCCAAGAGCAAGUUCAGGUCGGGUGGCCUGCGGACCACGGUGAACACUCCCACGACCCUGGUGACGGAGGCUGACGUGGAGGACGGCCCGCUCGAGCCCGAGCACUACAUGUACUACGCGCAGCAGUACGCGGCGCUGGCUCAGCAGUACGCGGCCUACGCGCAGUACUGCGCCCAGUUCGCGCCCCCCGAAGGGUCGCCAGGAGUGCCGCCUGCCGCGAUCCCGUCCCCAGCGGCGCUGGAAGGCGGGGCCCGCGAGGCCCCGAAGAACGUGCCCAUCCGGCGUAGCUUCUCGGAGGUCCGUGCGGACGUCUUUCGGUACGAUCGAAAUUGGUACAGGAACUCGCUCGGGCCUCCCAAAGUGUGUGUCUGUGCCAUCUCUUGGCUCUCUGCCAUCAUGGUGACACCGUACCGGCACAAGUGGCUCAUCUCGGGCUCGCACCGCGAGGACGGCGAGACGUGGUACAACGGCUUCAAGGGCGACGUGAUAAAGUCUGUCAGGACCCUCGGCGGCUACGUAGGCUGUCGGUCCUGCGCCUUCUCGAACAUCGCGAAAGGGGACGAGUGCAAGCAGAUGUGA